AGCGCACUUCUGCUGCACUCUAGAAGUUCAACGAUAAAGCAAAGCCGCACUUGGAUACAAUGGCCAGACGAAAAGAGAAAGUUUGCUUGUGCAUAAGUAUUCCGAUUAUAUGUAUUAUUAUAAUUAUUAUUAUUUGCGCGACUCACUUUAACGAGGAGUGCGCUGACGGACUUUACAAAAACGCAGCAGUGGCAGCGGACUCGGAAACCUGCUCAAAGAUCGGGCGAGAUAUACUGCAGUUGGGUGGCUCAGCGGUAGAUGGCGCCAUUGCUACUUUACUGUGCACGUCCAUCAUAAAUCCUCAGAGUAUGGGCAUUGGUGGAGGCUCUAUAUUCACAAUACGGGAACAAAGUGGCAAAGUGAGAGUAAUCAAUGCCAGAGAGACUGUCCCAAAAGCGUUUAAAACAGACCUUCUUGCCAUGUGUCCAACAACAACACAGCCUAUGGAAGGUGCUCACUGGAUCGGUGUCCCAGGUGAUAUCCGUGGCUAUGAGCGAGCUCAUAAAUUGUAUGGACGUCUGCCUUGGGCCAGUUUAUUUGAGCCCACUAUCAAGAUGGCUAGAGAGGGCGUCCCUGUUCCCUAUGUGCUCUCUCGAUUUUUGCCACUUCUCUUAAAGGAGAAGCCAGAGGCAGUUGAGAUCAUUCAGAAGCAUUUUGCGGAUAAAGUGAGAGCAAAAAUCAGCCCCGACCGCACUUAUGAUGCCAGCUACUACAACAUCACUCCAUACCUGGACUCUCAUGGCACCACUCAUGUGUCCGUGCUCGCUGAGGAUGGUAUGGCAGUAUCUGUGACCAGCACCAUCAACCACAUAUUUGGAUCCAGAAUUUUCUCCCCCAAAACAGGCAUCCUCCUCAACAAUGAACUUGCAGACUUCUGUGGAAAAACAGACCAGAUUCAUGCUGGUGAGCAGCCCCCAUCCUCCAUGUCUCCAGUGAUACUUUACUCCCCAUCUCAGAAGCACAUUGUGGUCAUAGGAGCCUCAGGUGGCAGUAUGAUCACCACCGGGGUGGCUCUGACUCUCAUGAACUUCCUGUGGUUCGGCAAGACUCUGCAAGAUUCCAUCAGCGCCCCUGUAGUGUUUGUGGACUCCAAAAACAUCCUCAACUUUGAGCCCUUGUUUGACAAGAUUGUUCUGGAGUCACUUUACAAGAUUGGGCACAAGGUCAAAGUCCCACAGAUGUUUUAUAAUGUGGUAAAUGCUGUAUCAAAGGAAAACAACUGCAUAGUGGCUGUAUCUGACUCGCGGAAAAAUGGAAAAGCUGCAGGGUAUUGACCUGGAGUGCAGCUGGAGACUGUAACUCACACCAGCUCUGCUUGAUGCAUCUGUGCUGUGUUUGUAUGAAGUAAACCAGGCGGAUGACAAACUGACAAAUAAUAGCAAGCACCAUCAAUAUGUGAAGUUUUGAUGUUUUACUGUGAAAAACAUGAACAUUUAUAUUCA